AUGAGGUCAGCACCGGACUUCGACUCAAAGCACAUUCUCAACCAACUCUUCUCACCUCCAUUGUCUCACCUCCCUCCUCUCACCUCCAUUGUCUCACCUCCCUCCUCUCACCUCCAUUGUCUCACCUCCCUCCUCUCACCUCCAUUGUCUCACCUCCCUCCUCUCACCUCCAUUGUCUCACCUCCCUCCUCUCACCUCCAUUGUCUCACCUCCCUCCUCUCACCUCCAUUGUCUCACCUCCCUCCUCUCAACCCCCUCCCCUCACCUCCCUCCUGUCAACCCCCUCCCCUCACGUCCCUCCUGUCAACCCCCUCCCAUCACCUCCCUCCUCUUAACCCCCUCCCCUCACCUCCCUCCUGUCAAACCCCUCCCCUCACCUCCCUCCUGUCAACCCCCUCCCCUCACCUCCCUCCUCUCAACCCCCUCCCCUCACCUCCCUCCUCUCAACCCCCUCCCCUCACCUCCCUCCUCUCAACCCCCUCCCCUCACCUCCCUCCUCUCAACCCUGUCCCCUCAUCCCUCCUCUCACCUGGUAUUCUCUCACCUGGUAUUCUCUCACCUGGUAUUCUCUCACCUGGUAUUCUCUCACCUGGUAUUCUCUCACCUGGUAUUCUCUCACCUGGUAUUCUCUCACCUGGUAUUCUCUCACCUGGUAUUCUCUCACCUGGUAUUCUCUCACCUGGUAUUCUCUCACCUGGUAUUCUCUCACCUGGUAUUCUCUCACCUGGUAUUCUCUCACCUGGUAUUCUCUCACCUGGUAUUCUCUCACCUGGUAUUCUCUCACCUGGUAUUCUCUCACCUGGUAUUCUCUCACCUGGUAUUCUCUCACUCACCUGGUAUUCUCUCACCUGGUAUUCUCUCACCUGGUAUUCUCUCACCUGGUAUUCUCUCACCUGGUAUUCUCUCACCUGGUAUUCUCUCACCUGGUAUUCUCUCACCUGGUAUUCUCUCACCUGGUAUUCUCUCACCUGGUAUUCUCUCACCUGGUAUUCUCUCACCUGGUAUUCUCUCACCUGGUAUUCUCUCACCUGGUAUUCUCUCACCUGGUAUUCUCUCACCUGGUAUUCUCUCACCUGGUAUUCUCUCACCUGGUAUUCUCUCACCUGGUAUUCUCUCACCUGGUAUUCUCUCACCUGGUAUUCUCUCACCUGGUAUUCUCUCACCUGGUAUUCUCUCACCUGGUAUUCUCUCACCUGGUAUUCUCUCACCUGGUAUUCUCUCACCUGGUAUUCUCUCACCUGGUAUUCUCUCACCUGGUAUUCUCUCACCUGGUAUUCUCUCACCUGGUAUUCUCUCACCUGGUAUUCUCUCACCUGGUAUUCUCUCACCUGGUAUUCUCUCACCUGGUAUUCUCUCACCUGGUAUUCUCUCACCUGGUAUUCUCUCACCUGGUAUUCUCUCACCUGGUAUUCUCUCACCUGGUAUUCUCUCACCUGGUAUUCUCUCACCUGGUAUUCUCUCACCUGGUAUUCUCUCACCUGGUAUUCUCUCACCUGGUAUUCUCUCACCUGUCUCUCACCUGGUAGUCUCUCACCUGGUAGUCUCUCACCUGCUAGUCUCUCACCUGGUAUUCUCUCACCUGGUAUUCUCUCACCUGGUAUUCUCUCACCUGGUAUUCUCUCACCUGGUAUUCUCUCACCUGGUAUUCUCUCACCUGGUAUUCUCUCACCUGGUAUUCUCUCACCUGGUAUUCUCUCACCUGGUAUUCUCUCACCUGGUAUUCUCUCACCUGGUAUUCUCUCACCUGGUAUUCUCUCACCUGGUAUUCUCUCACCUGGUAUUCUCUCACCUGGUAUUCUCUCACCUGGUAUUCUCUCACCUGGUAUUCUCUCACCUGGUAUUCUCUCACCUGGUAUUCUCUCACCUGGUAUUCUCUCACCUGGUAUUCUCUCACCUGGUAUUCUCUCACCUGGUAUUCUCUCACCUGGUAUUCUCUCACCUGGUAUUCUCUCACCUGGUAUUCUCUCACCUGGUAUUCUCUCACCUGGUAUUCUCUCACCUGGUAUUCUCUCACCUGGUAUUCUCUCACCUGGUAUUCUCUCACCUGGUAUUCUCUCACCUGGUAUUCUCUCACCUGGUAUUCUCUCACCUGGUAUUCUCUCACCUGGUAUUCUCUCACCUGGUAUUCUCUCACCUGGUAUUCUCUCACCUGGUAUUCUCUCACCUGGUAUUCUCUCACCUGGUAUUCUCUCACCUGGUAUUCUCUCACCUGGUAUUCUCUCACCUGGUAUUCUCUCACCUGGUAUUCUCUCACCUGGUAUUCUCUCACCUGGUAUUCUCUCACCUGGUAUUCUCUCACCUGGUAUUCUCUCACCUGGUAUUCUCUCACCUGGUAUUCUCUCACCUGGUAUUCUCUCACCUGGUAUUCUCUCACCUGGUAUUCUCUCACCUGGUAUUCUCUCACCUGGUAUUCUCUCACCUGGUAUUCUCUCACCUGGUAUUCUCUCACCUGGUAUUCUCUCACCUGGUAUUCUCUCACCUGGUAUUCUCUCACCUGGUAUUCUCUCACCUGGUAUUCUCUCACCUGGUAUUCUCUCACCUGGUAUUCUCUCACCUGGUAUUCUCUCACCUGGUAUUCUCUCACCUGGUAUUCUCUCACCUGGUAUUCUCUCACCUGGUAUUCUCUCACCUGGUAUUCUCUCACCUGGUAUUCUCUCACCUGGUAUUCUCUCACCUGGUAUUCUCUCACCUGGUAUUCUCUCACCUGGUAUUCUCUCACCUGGUAUUCUCUCAGCCACGGCUCGCACAGCUCCAAUGCCACAGCGCUGCUCCGAGCUUCCCGCAUUGCCUCCGCUAGCGGCUGCCGGGGUGGGGUGA